GGUAGUGAAGCAGAGGAUCCAUCUCUGGAGUCGAGCCGUGAUAUCAAUCCAUAUGAUGCUUAUCCUUCUCAGAGCAAUGAAGAUGACGCUAAUUUUCGCGCGGAUGUUCCCAUGGAAGCCUACGAUACGUUGAUGAUAUAUGCGCCUUCUACAAAUCGGAAGAGAAAUCUAUGUGCAUAAAACCCAAUUACAUCGCCAGACUGAAGCUCGAUUUUGAUGAGAAGUUGAGAGCGUAUAUUGUCGAGUGGUUGAUUGAGGCACACAAGGUGUUCGAGUUCCCAACUGACGCUCUAUAUCUCGCCAUCAAUCUUUUCGACCGAUUCUUGGCUGUUCAUCCGGUGGAAAAGAAGAAAGUGAGUUUGGUUGGAGUAACUGCCCUGCAAUUGGCUGUUAAGUAUGCUGGAACAAGAGGAUCGAUACCUUGUGCCGAUUUAUUUUCUGACUUAGCGUUUACUUCCUGCCCUGUGGAGGAGAUCUCGUGCUCCGUACAGGAGAUUAUACAAAUGGAGGACUUGAUCUUGAACACCUUAGAAUGUGAAUUGUCAAUUCCAACUCCGUCCACCUUCAUGUGGAAGUUCCUCAAGGAAACUCAAUCUGAUGAUAAGAUCAAGCACUUGUCCUUUUUCUUCAUUGAUCUCUGCCUAGUUCAGUGUGAAAUGCUCAAGUUUCGCCCUUCAAUAUUGGCUGCCACUGCAAUUUACGCCGCACAUGCCACUUUUAAAGGGUGUAAGCCGUGCAGUAAAAUCUAUGAGCGGUUGACUGGUUGUAGUGCCCACCAUAUCUUGGAAUGCUCGAGACUGAUGGUGACUUCCCAUCAAAAGGCAAGGAGUGUCAAGAGUGUCUAUAAGAAGUACCACACGAGGAGAUUCGACUGUGUAGCUAGAGCUGAACCAGCUCGUUUACUUUUGAAGACCAAGUUUAGCUUGUCCUAUGUCCUCAAGCUUACCUGUUUGUUCAAAUUUUGUGUCCUGAGAGACCUCUAACAGCAUACUGUUUGGUGUCACAUUUUUGUCAAGCGAUUCUUUGGUUUUAGAGAAUCUCUAGGAAUAGCCAAGUCUUGGUACUGCACUGAUGAUUUCGAGCCUGUCGGCUAGCUCAAAGCCCUUGAAUGGAAAGUUGCUGAUUCUCGGCUGUGAAAAUACAUACCUUGCUAGUGUAGUAUUCAAUUCAUGUGAACUUGUUUUGAAUCUUUGAAGGUGUACAUGGUUAUGCAGAUGAGCUCUUUGAUUGUGCUA